CUGGGCUCUCUAAUGACGUUGGUGUAUGUUUCUCCCUGCUGCCGCUGCUUUUCCUUGGACACUCCUAGCGUUCUUCCACUGAGCCCGUUAUUGCAACCCACCCCCGGGAAACCAUGGCCGAGCAGGCCUCGGGAUCCGCCCUGCCGCCUCAGCAUGACGCAGGGGGAUUGCAGCAGCACGUGCCGGCCUCCCAACAGGACCGAGCCGAUUUCAUCAAGUUCAAGCAGCAGCUGGAGAUGGAGUUUAACCAAAAGCGGGCCAAGUUCAAGGAGCUCUAUCUUUCAAAAGAAGAGGAGCUGAAGAGGCAAGGAGCCACUCUGGAGUCGGUCCAGGCGGAGCUGAGCCAUGCCAAGGCCCAGCUUGCGGAGGCCCAGGCGGAAAUGGAGAACAUCAAGGCGGUGGCCACGGUUUCCGAGAGCACCAAGCAGGAGGCCAUCGACCAGGUGAAGCGGCAGUGGCAGGAGGAGGUGGCCUCUCUGCAGGCCAUCAUGAAAGACACCGUGCGGGAGUACGAGGUGCAGUACCACCAGCGGCUGGAGCAGGAGCGGGCGCAGUGGGCGCAGUACCGCGAGGCCGUGGAGCGCGAGAUGGGCGAGCUGAGGCGCCGCCUCUCCGAGGGCCAGGAGGAGGAGAACCUGGAGAACGAGAUGAAGAAGGCACAGGAGGACGCAGAAAAGCUUCGGUCGGUGGUGAUGCCGAUGGAGCAUGAAAUUGCUGCUCUAAAAGCCAAGCUGACGGUGGCCGAGGACAGGGUGAAGGAACUGGAGGCCUCGAAGGUAAAGGAGCUCAAUCAUGUUCUAGAGGCUGAAAAAUCGUGCCGCACUGACCUGGAGAUGUACGUGGCAGUCCUGAAUACCCAGAAGUCCGUGCUUCAGGAAGAUGCGGAGAAACUGCGCAAAGAACUACACGAAGUGUGUCACCUGCUGGAGCUGGAGAGGCAGCAGCACAACCAGCUGAAGCACACCUGGCAGCGGGCCAACGACCAGUUCCUGGAGUCGCAGCGGCUGCUGAUGCGGGACAUGCAGCGGAUCGAGAGCGUGCUGUCCUCGGAGCAGCUGCGCCAGGUGGAGGAGAUGAAGAAGAGAGACCAGGAGGAGGAUGAGAAGCAGCGGAUCAGCCAGGCCAAAGAGCUGAAAGAGGAAGAGGUGACGGAGCAGGCAGAACCCGCAGAGGACUCACUCCUUGGCCUGUCUACUGAUGAGGCCCACACCAACCACAGCAUGCACAGCUCCAUGCACUCCCUGGACACGGAGCUGGCGGGCAGUCAGGACGGCUCGGACCUCUACAAGGACGGGCUCCGCAGGGUGCAGUCCACAGACAGCCUGGGCUCGUCAGGGGGCCUGCUGCCGGCCCGCGGCCUGGGCUACAACCACAAGGCCAAGUCGGCCAGCAACCUGGACGAGUCGGACUUCGGGCCGCUGGUCGGGGCUGACUGCGGGGCGCCGGAGAACCUGGACGCGGCCUCCGUCAGCUCCAUCCAGCUCCCCUCGGGCCACUUCCUCCUCACCAAGGACCAGGAGAAGGCCAUCAAGGCCAUGACUCCCGAGCAGGAGGAGACGGCCUCCCUGCUCUCCAGCAUCUCCCAGGCCCCCGACACCGCCUACCUGCCCCCCUCCGGCUACAGGCUGGUCAGCGAAUGCGAGUGGAACCUGCUGCAGCAAGAGGUGAAGAAUGCAGGGAGAAAGCUGGGCCGUCGUUGCGACAUGUGCUCCAACUAUGAGAAACAGCUGCAGGUCAUCCAGGGCCAAGAGGCAGAGACGCGCGAUCAGGUGAAGAAGCUACAGGUGAUGCUGCGACAAGCUAAUGAUCAGUUGGAGAGAACCAUGAGUGAGAAACAAGAGCUAGAGGACUCCAUAAAACAGAGCAAUGAGGAAACCACUGCCAAGGUCUCCACUCUCAUGCAGAAAGUCCAGGAGUCAGAGACCCUGCUUAGCGCCCUGCAGCAGGCCUUCAGCCAAGCCAAGAGAAACACGCAGGAACAGAUGGCCGUGCUGAUGCAAUCCCGGGAGCAGGUGGCGGACGAGCUGAGCCGACUGCAGAGGGAAAACGAGAGCUUGCAGGGGAAGCACAGGCUGCACCUGACCCUGCAGCAGCAGGAGGACUUCAAACUUCCCUCCACCGUACAAGAGCUGCAGGCCCUGGUUCUGGGGUACCGGGCGGACAUUGUGGCGGCGCGCACGGCGGCCGACCACCUGGAGGAGAAGCUGAAGGCGGAGAUCCUCUUCCUGAAGGAGCAGAUCCAGGCGGAGCAGUGCCUGAAGGAGAACCUGGAGGACACGCUGCAGCUGGAGAUAGAGGGCUGCAAGGAGGAGAUCGACAUCCUGGAAGCAUCGUUCUCCAGUUUGAAAACGGAGCUGGAGCGGGUGAAGGCGGAAAAAGAAGAGCUGGAGCACAACCUGUCAGAGAAGAUCCAGACGUUGGAAAACCUACAGGGUCUGAAGACGAGCCUAGAGGAGCAGCUGAAGGAGGCCACCAGCUCUAAGGCAGCCCUAGAGAGUCAGGUGUUUGAUGAGAAGGACAAAGCCCAGAGGCUGCAGACGGAGCUGGAUGUCAGCGAGCAGGUGCAGAGAGACUUUGUCAAGCUCUCCCAGACCCUCCAGGUCCAGCUGGAACGCAUCCGUCAGGCCGACUCCCUGGAGCGAAUUCGCGCCAUCCUCAACGACACCAACCUGACCGACAUCAGCCAGCUUCCUGAGACAUGAUACCACCGUAAACUCCACCCCCUGCCCCAACCCAACCCCUGCCCCCCCAGCCCAAUGAUACCCUUUUUUCCAUAAGGGCCGUAGCUCCCGUUUGAGGGCCUGGGAGGUAGGCGGGACUUUUUUAACACCAAGAUCCCACAUGGAGGACAGAAACCAAAAAAAAAAAAAAAAAAAAACCCGUAUA